AACUCGAAGCACAUUGUCGCUAGUACAUGAAUUUAGAGACUUUAUUCUUUGUGUUAUUUUGUGUGAUUUUAAGACAAAAAGUUCGGGUAUAGAUCUUGUCUUUUUUGAUGAAGAUGAAAACAUUUGUUGGAGUAGUAGUUCUGGCUUUUGCCGGCAACCUUUUAUUUGUAAAUUGUGAAGAGAAAAAAGAAGAUACGAAAAAAGAAGUAGGAACUGUAAUUGGAAUUGACUUGGGAACAACUUAUUCAUGUGUUGGUGUUUUCAAAAAUGGACGGGUAGAAAUCAUUGCCAAUGAUCAGGGUAACCGAAUCACCCCUUCAUAUGUGGCAUUCACACCAGAAGGAGAGAGGUUAAUUGGUGAUGGUGCUAAGAACCAACUGACCUCAAAUCCAGAAAAUACUGUGUUCGAUGCAAAACGUCUCAUUGGUCGCACCUGGGAUGACCCUACUGUUCAAAGUGAUAUGAAGUUCUUCCCUUUCAAGUUAGUGAAGAAAAAUGAUAAGCCCCAUGUUCAACUUAAUGUCAAAGGUGACUCAAAAGAAUUUGCUGCUGAAGAAAUCAGUGCUAUGGUCCUGUCAAAAAUGAAGGAAACUGCUGAAGCGUACUUAGGAAAGAAAGUAACCCAUGCUGUUGUGACAGUACCUGCAUACUUCAACGAUGCCCAGAGACAGGCAACCAAAGAUGCUGGUGCCAUUGCUGGAUUGACUGUAAUGAGAAUCAUCAAUGAACCAACUGCUGCUGCCAUUGCAUAUGGUUUGGAGAAGAAAGAGGGUGAAAAGAACAUUCUUGUUUUCGAUCUUGGUGGUGGCACAUUCGAUGUUUCUUUGUUGACUAUUGAUAAUGGUGUUUUCGAAGUGGUAUCUACAAAUGGCGAUACUCAUCUUGGUGGUGAAGAUUUCGAUCAAAACGUCAUGGACUACUUCAUCAAACUUUAUAAAAAGAAGAAGGGCAAGGAUAUUCGCAAAGACAACCGAGCUUUGCAGAAACUCCGUCGUGAAGUAGAGAAGGCCAAGCGGUCAUUGAGUGCCCAACAUCAAGCAAGAAUUGAAAUAGAAUCAUUCUUUGAAGGCGAAGACUUCUCUGAAACACUCACAAGAGCCAAAUUUGAAGAAAUUAACAUGAAACUUUUCAAAUCUACACUUGAGCCUGUGAAAAAAGUUCUUGAAGAUGCGGACUUGAAGAAGAGUGACAUUCAUGAGAUUGUCCUUGUUGGUGGUUCUACAAGAAUCCCUAAGAUUCAAGAUCUGGUGAAGAAAUUCUUUGAUGGCAAAGAGCCCAGCCGUGGUAUUAACCCGGACGAAGCCGUUGCCUAUGGAGCUGCCGUUCAGGCUGGUGUUCUCAGUGGGGAAGAGGAUGUUGGAGAGGUUGUACUACUUGAUGUGAACCCUCUUACAUUGGGUAUCGAAACCGUUGGUGGUGUCAUGACCAAACUUAUUGCAAGAAACUCUGUUAUCCCCACAAAGAAAUCACAGAUUUUCUCAACCGCUGCUGAUAACCAAAACACCGUUACGAUUCAAGUCUUCGAAGGUGAACGACCGAUGACAAAAGAUAACCAUCUUUUGGGAAAAUUCGAUUUAACCGGAAUCCCACCUGCUCCACGCGGUACGCCCCAAAUCGAAGUCACAUUUGAAAUCGAUGUGAACGGCAUCCUCCGAGUAUCUGCCGAAGAUAAAGGUACCGGCAACAAAGAGAAGAUCACGAUUACCAACGAUCAGAACCGACUCACGCCUGAGGAUAUCGAGAAAAUGAUCAACGAUGCUGAGAAAUAUGCGGACGAGGAUAAGAAAGUGAAAGAUAAGGUUGAAUCACGAAAUGAACUUGAGAGUUAUGCCUACUCGCUAAAGAACCAAAUCGGCGAUAAGGAGAAGCUUGGUGGCAAACUAUCUGAAGAAGACAAAGGAACAGUUUCGAAGGCCGUCGAAGAAGCUAUCAGUUGGUUGGAUAGUAAUAAAGACGCCGAUGCCGAGGAAUGCAAGGCCGAAAAGAAGAAGCUUGAAGAUAUUGUUCAACCUAUUGUCAGUAAGCUAUAUCAAGGUGCUGGUGGACAAGGUGGAGCUCCGCCCCCUGGUGGAGAGGGAGCAGAAGGAGAUGAGAAACCCGAAGAUAAAGAUGAGCUAUAGACAAUGUAUCCUCGAAAUCUCGGUGCUAAAAUUACAAUUAAACAAUGGUUGUGCACCAUACAGUUAGCCGGAAGUUGUUUAAAUAUUUUCUUGUUUUACGAGGUUUCCCUUGCAUUACGGUGCAAAAAGAUAGUGUUGAAUUUUAGACGCGGGACAUCAGAGUGUUGUGAUCAGAUGUGUGCAAGAUUAUGCAAACUAUAUCGCUCUCCUAUUUAUUUCUAUCGUAUAAUAGUAGUCAUUGUAACGAAAAGUGAAGAUUAUUACUGUUUUAUUGUGAUUUAACACCAUCUGUCUUAUGAUAGCGCUUAGUGGCACGCACCUAGAUAGGCUUAAUUUAUAUUUGACAUCUUCUGUUUGAACUGUGUGUAUAUUUGUGUGUUUUGUCUAAAGUUUACCUUCUCUCGGUUGGAGAAAAGUAACUCAAAGAAUGGUCUUUGAUAUUUAAAUAUGCUUUUUAGCGCAAAUUUCUUAUAAAUAAAAAAUUUAAAGUA